AUGGCGUCGAAGGGCGGUUUAAAGAAGAUCGCCAACGAGGAGAAUGAGGAGAGAUUCGGAUAUGUGUUUGCUGUGUCAGGUCCUGUCGUAACGGCCGAAAAAAUGUCCGGCUCUGCUAUGUACGAGCUGGUACGUGUCGGUUACAAUGAACUGGUGGGAGAAAUUAUCCGUCUAGAGGGUGAUUUAGCUACCAUUCAGGUAUAUGAAGAAACAUCCGGUGUAACUGUUGGUGAUCCAGUACUACGAACUGGCAAACCCUUAUCUGUGGAGCUUGGCCCUGGUAUCCUUGGAUCCAUCUUUGACGGUAUUCAGCGUCCAUUGAAGGACAUCAACGAACUCACUCAGUCCAUCUAUAUUCCCAAGGGAAUCAACGUUCCUUGUUUGGCCCGUGGUAUUGACUGGGAAUUCAACCCACUCAAUGUUAAGGUGGGAUCUCAUAUCACUGGUGGUGAUCUAUAUGGUAUUGUGCAUGAAAAUACCCUUGUAAAACAUAAGAUGCUGAUGCCACCCAAGGCUAAGGGUACAAUUACAUACAUUGCUCCAGCUGGAAACUACAAAGUCACCGAUAUAGUGCUAGAAACAGAGUUUGAUGGUGAGAAGGCCCAGUACUCCAUGUUGCAAGUGUGGCCUGUACGUCAACCCCGCCCUGUCACUGAGAAGCUGCCUGCUAACCAUCCACUUCUCACCGGUCAGCGAGUGCUUGACUCUCUUUUCCCCUGUGUCCAAGGUGGUACGACUGCCAUUCCCGGCGCCUUCGGUUGUGGCAAGACUGUCAUCUCGCAGGCGCUCUCCAAGUACUCAAACUCGGAUGUCAUCAUCUACGUAGGAUGUGGUGAGCGUGGUAACGAGAUGUCAGAAGUAUUGCGUGACUUCCCCGAGCUGACGGUGGAGAUUGACGGAGUGACGGAGUCCAUCAUGAAGCGUACUGCCCUCGUCGCGAACACCUCCAACAUGCCUGUGGCUGCCCGUGAAGCCUCCAUUUACACAGGAAUCACCCUUUCUGAAUACUUCCGUGACAUGGGUUACAAUGUGUCCAUGAUGGCUGACUCCACAUCUCGUUGGGCCGAGGCGUUGCGUGAGAUCUCCGGUCGUCUGGCUGAGAUGCCUGCCGACUCAGGUUACCCAGCUUACUUGGGAGCUCGUCUGGCUUCCUUCUACGAGCGAGCUGGUCGAGUCAAGUGUCUUGGAAACCCUGACAGGGAGGGUUCUGUUUCCAUCGUGGGCGCGGUGUCGCCCCCUGGUGGUGACUUCUCGGACCCGGUAACUUCGGCCACGUUGGGUAUCGUGCAGGUGUUCUGGGGUCUGGACAAGAAGUUGGCGCAGCGCAAGCACUUCCCAUCCAUCAACUGGCUCAUCUCCUACAGUAAAUACAUGCGUGCUCUAGAUGACUUCUAUGAGAAGAACUACCCCGAGUUUGUGCCUCUUAGGACAAAGGUGAAAGAAAUCCUGCAGGAGGAAGAGGACUUGACAGAAAUUGUGCAACUGGUCGGUAAAGCGUCUCUGGCCGAGACUGACAAGAUCACUCUCGAAGUAGCCAAGCUUCUGAAGGACGACUUCUUGCAACAGAACAGCUACUCGUCGUACGACCGGUUCUGCCCGUUCUACAAGACGGUGGGCAUGCUGCGCAACAUGAUCGCGUUCUACGACAUGUCGCGCCACGCCGUGGAGUCGACGGCGCAGUCCGACAACAAGGUGACGUGGAACGUCAUCCGCGACGCCAUGGCCAACGUGCUCUACCAGCUCUCCUCCAUGAAGUUCAAGGACCCAGUGAAAGACGGUGAAGCCAAGAUCAAGGCAGACUUCGACCAGCUAUUAGAGGAUAUGUCCGCCGCUUUCCGAAACCUCGAGGAUUAA